UGAAGAACGAAGCUCAACAUCAUGGUCACAACAUGAUAAAGUAGAGAAGAUGAAAAUCAAAGCGAGUGCCUCUCUGUUGAGUGCUAGGCUCACAUAUAAUCGGCACCUACGUAUAGCCUGUAACACGCUACGUAUAAAAAUAUAAGAACCUUUGUUUUCUGCAUAAUGGAUGACGGGUCGGGGUUGUAUCUUGAUCAUUUGAUCUCAACCAAUUCGGUGUCAAGUUCAUACAGAUCGUGGUGUUGAUUUUCAUUCUGUCUUACAUGUUGUACAACUAUGCAUACAACUGUAGAACUCAACCUCCUCUGCAAAAAAACAACAGAAAUUGUUCGAAAAGGACACUUUGUUCAGUUUUUUUUUUCGACUCUGGGUUGUACACUUUUUGACUCACACGAAUGCGGAGAGGAACGCACAGGCAGUGGAGACCAUCAAUUGGAGCUCCUCUGCCACAAUUUCCAAAAUGCGCUUAGACGAAGCGUGGCUAGAGGUGGAAGAUGAUGAAUCUCUUUCAGAGUACUUACUUCACUCCGAGUCGGGAACGAUAACGAAUGAAGAGGAGGAGGACGAGAGCGAGGAAUUUUCGAUCGCGUACUGCAAUUCGGCGGAUCGAGUUUUUGUUGCGAAUCUCGAACCUUCGGAAACGUUGAGCGUCGUCGAAGCAACCUCCGGCUCCACAGCAGCGAAAGCAGUUACUUACUGUGACCGAGAAAGUGCAAGAGGAGUUUAUUGUGAAGCCGCACGAGACGAGUGGCUGUGGCUUCUCCACAAGUACAACAACAACAACAACAACAACGAGUAGUGGUGAUUCAUCUCCAUCAUCUUGUUGUUGUUGUGCCGUCCUCACCUUCGCGACCGACUACAAAGGAGUCGACCAGGCUAUGUGGGAUCCGAAGCCUGGAGUGGAGAAGGUCUUCAAGUGCAUCUUUUCCAACGGGAUUGUGGGGAAUAGAGGAGCCUAUUUGGCAAAAUUCUACGACAAGAAAACGCUAGAUGAGUGCUGGGUGUCGCAGGGGCCCAACACCGUAGACUUGUGCAACCGCGCGAGGGAACUUUGGGUGAUCAAAGCGACGUGGGGUACAAGUGAAAACUGAGAGCAGGAGAACUUGGAUGUAACCGAUAUCAAAGUGCGGGCACUGGUGUUUGCUGGACGGCUGUGGUCUGAGGGUGGCAGCAUCGGUCGCCUGUUGCCUGACCCGGCAGUUGCGGACAACAAGAUUUUCAGCGUCAAGUUCACGAGUUUGUAGGAACACAGUGUCAACACCAAUUCUAUUGAAAAGCAGCGAUUGCAAUCAAGGUCUGGUUUUCAUGUGAUAGCUGCUAAUCUGGAAAUGAGAAAAGGCGU